GCGCCCUAAAAGCCUGGACGAGAAUAUCGAGAUGGCUCGGGACAAGAAAAUGAGGAGAAUGUGGCUCGUACGAGAAAUCGUUGUGGCUGGCCUUCUUUACCUCACUAUUCUACAUACACGAGAAGGAAAUUAAAAUCAUUAAACUUCAAAAUCAAGGAUAGUAUUAUUGUUAUAAAUGUCAACAAAUAGAACUAAUUAAGAAGGUUUCAGAACAUGAAAUGGGAGGAUUGAACAAAUACUUUUAUUCAUUUUUUAAUUGAUCAUAGUUUUAAAGAUUUGAGAAUGAAACCAGAAAUAAUUCUUCUUCUUCUUUAUUAUCUUCACUUUCAUGGAUGUGAGACGGAUAGAAGAGGGUUAAAGGGACGCGGCAUUGAUUUCUCCAGGGGUGUUGACAUCUCCAGGGGCGUUGACAUCUCAAGGGGCAUUGAAACCUCCAGUGAAGAGGGAAGAAGUAUAUUUCAGAAGGGCAGAUUAAUUGCUGAUAGAAACAGGAGGGGUGUAAUGGAAGUCCAAAGAGAGGAAGAAAAGAACAUACUGGAUGAGAUCCUCGGUGUUAAGGUUUACGAUGCUAGGAUUCGGCCUUCUGGAGUUAAUUCCUCAGAGGGAGCUACAAAUAUUGGUGUAAAUCUAAUGAUAAGAAGUAUAGAUAAAAUAGAUGAUGUGAAGAUGGAAUACAGUGUUCAGUUAACCUUCAGGCAAAAGUGGUUUGAUGACAGGCUGAGGUUUCAUGAGAAACUAAGUCCAGGUUUAAAAGAUAAAAUCAAAUAUCUGACAAUCACAGAUCCGAGCAAGGUUUGGAUGCCAGACACAUUUUUCAGAAAUGAACGAGAAGGAAGAAUGCAUCGAGUUUUAGUUCCCAAUUUAUAUGUUCGAAUUUUUCCAGAUGGACAUGUUCUCUUCAGUAUUAGGGUUUCCUUGACGCUAACCUGUCCGAUGAACCUGAAACUGUAUCCAAUGGAUAGGCAAAGAUGUCCCAUGCAGAUAGCGAGUUAUGGAUGGGCUACUGAUCAUCUUGUCUAUAUUUGGAAGAAGGAAGAUCCUGUUCAGAUCGCUCAAGGGAUAUCUCUCCCCAGGUUUGUUGUUGAGAAGUAUUCAAGUGAUUACUGUACAGUGAAAACUUCAACAGGAGAGUACAGUUGCUUGCGGAUGAUGUUAACCCUGAAGCGUGAGUUCUCCUACUACAUGUUGACUAUCUACGUUCCUACCUGCAUGCUGGUCAUUGUGUCCUGGUUUAACUUUUGGAUUGAUCCUAAGGCUGUUCCAGCCCGUGUUACUCUUGGUGUUACAUCUUUACUAACAAUGUCAACUAAAACAGCUUCAAUCACAAACUCACUUCCUCCAGUAGCGUACACCAAGGCGGUUGAUGUUUGGACAAAUGGAUGUAUCUUCUUUGUUUUCUUUGCCUUACUAGAGUACACAGCAGUUAACGCUGCGGCUAGAACAGAUGCAAAGAGGCUGCAGCAAAGAGCAAACUCAGUAAACGGUGUUAGAAAAAGAACAGAUAGUGUAUAUUGUGAAGUUAGCUUGAUGCCUAAAAAGAGCAUGAACUGCAUAUCCUACUGGUUAAAUAGAUUCCCAAGCAGAGCCAAGAAAAUAGAUGUAGUCUCUAGAAUAAUUUUUCCAAUUCUGUUUGCUCUCUUCAAUCUGAUAUAUUGGUCCCACUAUCUGUAUGAGGAAGCAUUAUCAGAAAAAACUCCCAAUUAUUAGAAACUCUUAAGCUGAACCUGUUAAGUUGUGAUUUUACUUUGGAGAAGGGAAUCAGAAAGUGUAAGAUGAAGAAGUAUCAUAAAAAAUUACUGAUUUAAAGGAACUCUAAGCAUUGCUAACAUUUAAAUUAUACUUAAAAAAAACAAUUUAGAAAAUUAAAAAUAAAAA